AUGGCAUACCAACUCCAAAAUCUUCAGCUCCCAGACGGACGGAAUCUGGACUAUUCCGUGGCAGGUCCAGAGGACGCCAAAAUCUCCCUCAUCUGGAUCCAUGGUACUCCCGGCGCUGCGAUACCAGUUCCAACCGUCGUGACUGCCUGCGCCAAGAAAGGUAUCAAAGUCAUUGCAUUCUCGAGACCUGGCUAUGGAGGCUCUACCCGGAGAAAAGGCAGGCGAGUCAUCGAUGCGGUUGAUGACAUUCAAUACCUCAAAGAGCAUUUGGGAGUGAAGCAAUGUCUCGUUGGAGGUUGGAGCGGUGGCGGCCCCCAUACUCUUGCUUGUGCAGCGCGAUUGCCGGGUUGUCUGGCCGCAGUAACCUUUGCCGGUGGUGCCCCCUAUCACGCAGAGGGACUAGAUUACCUAGCUGGCCAGGGAGAAGACAACGUCCAAGAAUUUAGCGCCGCUAUACAAGGUGAAGCCCAAUUGCGCGCAUUCUGUGAGCCUCAACGCGAGGCGCUCAUACAAUCAGACCUCGAGGCCGUCAUGGCAGCACUUGACAGCCUUCUACCGCCAGUCGACAACGAAUGUAUGAAACAAAACCGCGACACAAUAGGUCAAAACAUGGUCGAUGUAAUGUGCGAGGCCUUCAGGCUCGGUUGUGACGGCUGGAUUGAUGAUGAUCUAGAAAAUAUCGGUGCAGAUUCGUGGGGGUUUGAGCUGAGUGAAGUCAAAGUCCCCGUGUUAAUCUUGCAGGGAGACCUGGAUAAGAUGGUGCCGUAUGCGCAUGGUAAAUGGCUAGCGGAUCAUUUGCCGCAGGACAAAGUCAGAAGGCAUUUAAUGCAGGGUCACGGGCAUAUAUCGAUCCUUGCCAAUGUCGAUGAUAUUAUAGAUGAGCUUUUGACGGAGGCCAAGUUAUAG